GCGCCAUGGCUCACGCGGCGGCUCACAUUAAGAAGGCCCGGUCCGAGAUGGACCAGCCUCCGGACCUCAAGGCUCUGGAGAAAGCCCGGGAGAGGAGGCGGCGCUCCCGGGAGCGCGCCGAGCGCAAGCGCAAGUCGGACAGUAACACCAGCUUCCUGCGAGCGGCCAGAGCUGGAAACAUCGAUAAAGUCCUGGAGUAUCUGAAAGGAGGCGUGGACAUCAGCACCUGUAACCAGAAUGGCCUCAACGCCCUGCACCUGGCAGCCAAAGAGGGCCACAUGGACCUGGUCCAGGAGCUCCUGGAGAGAGGGGCCUCCGUGGAUUCAGCCACAAAGAAAGGAAACACGGCUCUUCACAUAUCGUCUCUGGCCGGUCAGGCUGAAGUGGUGAAGAUCCUGGUGAAACGAGGCGCCGAUAUCAACGCUCAGUCUCAGAAUGGCUUCACUCCGCUGUACAUGGCCGCUCAGGAGAACCACCUGGACGUGGUGCGGUACCUGCUGGAGAACGGAGGCAACCAGAGCACAGCUACCGAGGACGGCUUCACCCCGCUGGCCAUCGCCCUCCAGCAGGGCCACAACCAGGUGGUGUCCAUCCUGCUGGAGAACGACACCAAGGGGAAGGUGCGCCUGCCGGCGCUGCACAUCGCCGCACGCAAAGACGACACCAAGUCCGCCGCGCUGCUCCUCCAGAACGACCACAACGCCGACGUCCAGUCGAAGAUGAUGGUCAAUAGGACGACUGAGAACGGCAAGAGUGGCUUCACUCCUCUGCACAUCGCGGCCCACUACGGGAACGUUAACGUGGCCACGCUGCUGCUGAACCGCGGCGCCGCCGUGGAUUUUACCGCCAGGAACGGGAUCACGCCGCUGCACGUCGCCUCGAAGCGUGGAAACACCAACAUGGUCCGUCUCUUACUGGACCGAGGCUCUCAGAUCGACGCUAAAACCAGGGACGGCCUGACGCCUCUUCACUGUGCGGCUCGCAGCGGUCACGACCCGGCCGUGGAGCUGCUGCUGGAGCGAGGGGCGCCUCUGCUGGCCAGAACCAAGAACGGCCUGUCUCCGCUGCACAUGGCGGCUCAGGGCGACCACGUGGAGUGUGUCAAACACCUGCUGCAGCACAAAGCCCCGGUGGACGACGUGACGCUGGACUACCUGACGGCGCUGCACGUGGCCGCGCACUGCGGCCACUACCGGGUCACCAAGCUGCUGCUGGACAAGAGGGCCAACCCCAACGCCAGGGCGCUGAACGGCUUCACUCCGCUGCACAUCGCCUGUAAGAAGAACCGAGUGAAGGUGAUGGAGCUGCUGGUGAAGUACGGAGCGUCCAUCCAGGCCAUCACCGAGUCGGGCCUGACGCCGAUCCACGUGGCGGCCUUCAUGGGUCACCUGAACAUCGUGCUGCUGCUGCUGCAGAACGGAGCGUCGCCCGACGUCAGCAACAUCCGCGGGGAGACGGCGCUGCACAUGGCGGCCCGGGCGGGCCAGGUGGAGGUGGUCCGCUGUCUGCUGAGGAACGAGGCCAUGGUGGACGCGCGUGCACGGGAGGAGCAGACGCCGCUGCACAUCGCGUCCCGCCUGGGGAAGACGGAGAUCGUGCAGCUGCUGCUGCAGCACAUGGCGCACCCCGACGCCGCCACCACCAACGGAUACACGCCGCUGCACAUCUCGGCCCGCGAGGGCCAGCAGGAGACGGCCGCCGUGCUGCUGGAGGCCGGGGCGUCGCACUCCGAGCCCACCAAGAAAGGUUUCACUCCCCUCCACGUGGCGGCGAAGUACGGCAGCCUGGACGUGGCCAAGCUGCUGCUGCAGCGCCGCGCUCCUCCGGACUCGGCGGGGAAGAACGGCCUCACCCCGCUCCACGUCGCAGCGCACUACGAUAACCAGGCGGUGGCGCUCCUGCUGCUGGACAAAGGGGCGUCGCCACACACCAUGGCCAAGAACGGCUACACGCCGCUGCACAUCGCCGCCAAGAAGAACCAGAUGGACAUCGCCCGCGUGCUGCUGCAGUACGGCGCCGACACCACCGUGCUCACCAAGCAGGGCGUCACGCCGCUGCACCUCGCCGCCCAGGAGGGACACGCAGACAUGGCUGCCCUGCUCAUCGGCAAGGGGGCGCAGGUCAACGUCCAGAACAAGAGCGGCCUGACGGCGCUCCACCUGGCGGCUCAGGAGGACAAAGUGUCCGUCGCCGAGAUUCUGUCCAAAAACGGAGCGAACCUCGACCAGCAGACCAAAUUGGGCUACACGCCGCUAAUCGUAGCAUGUCACUACGGUAACGCCAAGAUGGUGAACUUCCUGCUUCAGAACGGAGCCAGCGUCAACGCCAAGACCAAGAACGGAUACACUCCGCUGCACCAGGCGGCUCAGCAGGGAAACACACACAUCAUCAACGUACUGCUGCAACACGGAGCCAAACCCAACGCCAUCACUGUGAACGGGAACACCGCCCUGGGUAUCGCCCGCCGGCUCGGCUACAUCUCGGUGGUGGACACGCUGAGGGUGGUGACGGAGGAGAUCAUCACCACCACCACGACGGUGACGGAGAAACACAAGCUGAACGUUCCGGAGACCAUGACCGAAGUCCUGGACGUGUCCGACGAAGAGGGCGACGACACCAUGACGGGCGACGGAGGCGAGUACCUGCGAGCCGAGGACCUCCGGGAGCUGGGAGACGACUCGCUGCCCGGACAGUACCUGGACGGGAUGAACUACCUCCGCUUCAGUCUGGAGGGAGGACGGACCGACAGUCGAAUGCAAAGCUCGGACCGAGCCUUCACCCCCACCCACUUCAGCUACUACUCCCCCAAACACGAGGGCGUCCUGGACGAGGUUCUCACCAGCCAGCAGCUUUCCUCACUGGCCAGGGAGAACGAGAAGGACUCGUACCGGCUGAGCUGGGGAACCGAGAACCUGGACAACGUGGCUCUGUCCUCCAGCCCCCUCCACUCCGGCCAUUCCUCUCCGUGCCACGAACAUGGAGACCACAGCAGCUUCCUGGUCAGCUUCAUGGUGGACGCCCGGGGCGGAGCCAUGCGCGGCUGCCGCCACAACGGCCUGCGCAUCAUCAUCCCGCCCAGGAAGUGCGGCGCCCCCACCCGGGUGACGUGCCGGCUGGUGAAGCGGCACCGCCUGGCCACCAUGCCGCCCAUGGUGGAGGGCGAGGGCCUGGCCAGCAGGCUGAUCGAGGUGGGCCCGUCGGGCGCCCAGUUCCUCGGUAAACUGCACCUCCCCACCGCGCCUCCGCCUCUUAACGAGGGCGAGAGCCUGGUUAGCAGAAUCCUGCAGCUCGGCCCGCCGGGGACCAAAUUCCUGGGCCCGGUGAUCGUGGAGAUCCCUCACUUCGCCGCCCUCCGGGGGAAGGAGCGCGAGCUGGUCAUCCUGAGGAGCGAGACCGGCGAGAGCUGGAAGGAGCACCACUGCGAGCACACCCAGGAGGAGCUCAACCAGAUCCUCAACGGCAUGGACGAAGAGCUGGACCCGCCGGAGGAGCUGGAGAGGAAGCGCAUCUGCCGGAUCAUCACCAGAGACUUCCCGCAGUACUUUGCUGUGGUGUCGCGCGUCAAGCAGGACAGUAACCUGAUCGGUCCUGAAGGGGGCGUGCUGAGCAGCACCGUGGUGCCGCAGGUGCAGGCCGUGUUUCCAGAGGGGGCUCUGACCAAGAGGAUCCGGGUCGGACUGCAGGCUCAGCCGGUGAACGUAGACGUGGUGAGGAAGCUGCUGGGGAACAAGGCGUCCUUCAGCCCCAUCGUCACCCUGGAGCCCCGCAGGAGGAAGUUCCACAAGCCCAUCACCAUGACCAUCCCCGUCCCCAAGAACAACUCCGACCCGGCGCUCAACGGCUUCGGCGGGGACACGCCCACUCUGCGGCUGCUCUGCAGCAUCACGGGCGGAACCACGCCGGCCCAGUGGGAGGACAUCACCGGAACCACGCCGCUCACCUUCAUCAACGACUGCGUGUCCUUCACCACCAACGUGUCCGCCCGGUUCUGGCUCAUCGACUGCCGCCAGGUCCAGGAAUCCGUCAACUUCUCCACUCAGGUGUACCGAGAGAUCAUCUGCGUCCCGUACAUGGCCAAGUUUGUGAUCUUCGCCAAGACGCACGACCCCAUCGAGGCCCGCCUGCGCUGCUUCUGCAUGACCGACGACAAGAUCGACAAGACGCUGGAGCAGCAGGAGAACUUCACCGAGGUGGCUCGCAGCCGAGACGUGGAGGUGCUGGAGGGGAAACCCAUCUAUGCAGACUGCUGUGGAAACCUGGUUCCCCUCACCAAGAGCGGCCAGCACCACCUGUUCAGCUUCUUCGCCUUUAAGGAGAACCGAUUAGCGCUCUUCAUCAAAAUUCGAGACAACACUCAGGAGCCGUGCGGCCGCCUGUCGUUCAUGAAGGAGCCCCGGAACUACCGGUCGCUCACCCAGAGCGCCAUAUGCAACCUGAACAUCACCCUGCCGUCGUACUGCAAGACCGGCAGAACCUCGGAGAAAUAUGAAGAGACGGAGACAUCAGUCCUGAAAUCAGAGCUGAUUCGAGAGCCAGAUCUUCUUUCCGACGUGUCAGAGAUGAAACAAGAUUUGAUCAAAAUGACUGCCAUCCUGACUGCAGACUCCACAGAGAAAUCCCCGUCCUUAGGAGGGUGUGGUCUAGAGAAAGGGACUGAGGAAGUUUCUGGAGAACCACUAGAAAUAAUGGAAAAGGACUUAGAGAAAGUCAAAGAGGACCUAGAGAAAGUUAGUGAGAUUCUGAGGAGUGGAACGUAUGACGGUGAGGCAGCUGAGGAGGCAGCCAAAGCAGCUAGGAUGGCCGAGGAGUGGGUUCUCCUCUCAGACAGUGAAAUACAAGAGGCCAGAAAGAUGGCCGCCUUAGAAAUCCAAGAGCCUGUCCUACGAGAAAGUAGAGGUAACAGAGGGGCUCCCAGACCGAAAGCCAUAAAGGACAGUGGCGACCUGAAGGAAUACCUCCUCGAUGCGCCUGUAAGCUCCAAGCUCAAAGCUAAGAAGGAGGCGGGUGUCCAAGAACGGUUCACCGACGUUGUGCUGAGGAAAAGUACGAAGCCAACCACUCCAACUAAGGCACAGGACAAACCCGCCGCUGGCGACGUUAAAAAGCCAGCGAGAAAGAAGGGCAAAGACCCCGGGCAUGAGGGAGAAGCUAAAGAAGCAGCGGCUCAUCUAAGCGUGCCUACAGCCCCCUCCCCAGCAUCUCCCGUAUCCCCAGUGAUCGAAGAAACCCCCAUCGGGUCAAUCAAGGACAAGGUCAAAGCCUUACAGCAGAAAGUAGAGGCAGAGCAGAAAAGCAAAAAGUCCACUGGAAGCAAGCCUUCACAUCUGCCAGUUAUGAGCAAGCCCUCUCCAAAAACCAAAGAGAGCCCUAAAACCAAACAGGGCCCCCCUAAAUCCCCCAAAGCUGAGUCUGAGAAGCUGGAGGAGACCAUGUCUGUUAAAGAGCUGAUGCAAGCCUUCCAAACGGGGGAGGACCCCUCCAAGCGAAAGUCCGGGCUGUUCGAAGUUAAAACCUCCUCCAUGUCAAGAUCUGAGAAAACCACUAAAUCUGAAACCGCUUCGAAGUCCACCACCAAAGCAAUAACGUCCCGCGUCUCCAAAGAGCGCGAAGUCUCAUUGGAUUCCCAACCCCGCAAGAAAGAGCCUCCUCAUCAGGAUAAAGACAAAGAGAUCAAAUCGCUUGCUGCAGCCCACUCAGAGCUAACCGAAACUGUAGAUUUUGGAAAUAGUGGCCUUGACGAUAGCUCUGACAGCCUGAAACACGAGGCUGUGGCAGAAUCACUAAGUGCCAGUUCUGGAGAAGGAACAACUCAUCUGAGCUCUGAAGACAGUUACAAGCACGAGGCCCUGGCCUCCCCAGGCUCGAGCCCAGACAGUCUCUGUCUUUCCCCCAAAAAUGGACAGCAGACGCCAGCCGCUGCAACAACGGCUGCCACAGCAGUCAAAACAGAGAGUAAGGACAUAGAGAAGUCUGGAGACUCUGGUGUAGGGACCACUGGGGACCAACUGUCUACAGAAAUGACCCUCCCUGUCUCCUCCAGCGAGGCUGCAGAUGACCACGCUACAAGUGAGUCUUCAUCUAUUAGGAGGAGUGAAUCUAAGCCAUCUAAACCUCAGAAGCUUACAAAGAGAAUUUCAGAGACUGUAGAAACCUUUCUUAGCGAUGAUGAUGAUAGCCCUGAUCAUCAGCUAGCCCUGUGUUUAGUUGGUUCUCCAGCUUCUAGAUCCUCUUCUCAGGGUCAUGAAAACCUAAACCUGCCUUUAAAACAAGACUCAGAUGCUCUCAGUCCGUUAGCAGAUGACUCUUUCACAAUAAGCCACAGAGACUCUCUAGAGGGUAGUCCUCUUAUGGAUGACAAUUCCUCUCACAAAUCCCCAGACUCUAUUGAACCCAGUCCAACCAAGGAAUCCCCCCCUCAUGACUCCCUAGAGAGCAGCCCUGUAGAGGCAAAACUCCACCCAGCCUUCACAUCCUCACUAGACCUGCCUAGUAAAUCCUCUAGCCAUCCAGAGCCCUCCAAAGCUGCAGAAUUCCCCCAAGAUGCUUUGCGUAGUAGGCUGCUUCGAGACCAUGAGGCUAGUGGUGAUGAUGACAGUUGUGAGCAGACAUCUCAGAUGACGAGCUCAGGUAAGAGUCCCCUCUCCCCUGAAACCCCUAGUUCUGAAGAGGUAAGUUAUGAAGUGAACCCUAAACCCCCCGAGCACUCAUUCCCCUCUGUCCCACCCAAACCGGCUGUCAUCCCUGAAGACCCAGAGGAAGAGGAGGAAGCUAAGGGAAAAAUCACACCAGAGGAGGAAAUGUUUAAGAUGGCAGCCAAAAUAAAAACUUUUGAUGAAAUGGAACAAGACGCGAAGAGCAAAAAGAAGUCUAGGAAAGAUUUGACCCCGUCAGCUGACUUCAAAAUAGGGGAUGACAGCUUUAUAGCAGUAGAGCCCACAAACCAGAGCCUUUGGCAAAGUGAAUCUGGGCUCAGUAGAGCAACAGCUGAGUCAGAGUUAGCUCUUUUUGUUGAUCCCCAUAUUAAAGUUCAACCUCCCUCUCCUUUUUCAGCAGGUUUGCAUGAUGGACCCCAGAGCAAAGAGGUCAAGAGCACAACAUCAGCCACUGUCACUUCAGAGGGACCUCACUCUGUCUCAGACCAGCACCAUUCCAAAGUCAAACCCAAAAGUGCGCAGGAAGAUAGGUCAUCUGCAAAAGCUGAUAAAGACAGUAGUGCAACAAAACCAUCAACUUCAAAUACUGAAAACAGGACCGAUGAGCAAAAGGAGGAGAGCUUAAGGAAGUCAAGGGAAGUUAAAGAUGAUAAGGAUGGUCAAGAUUUAGGAGCUAGAAAGUUAAAAGUCGGUAGCAAUGUGACAGACGAAGCAAAGGGUGACCGCAAGGGGCAUGUGGGAGCACCAGAGGCUGGCCGCUCUGCAACUCUUCAAGGCCAAACAAAGGAAACGAUCAAAGCAGAAGUCUGUAUCUACGAUGACACGGAGGAGGACGAUGAAACACAGGAAGCUCCCAGAACCGAGUCCAAAGGUGUCACCGCAAAGGUGGACACUGGCUCGUGGUCCGCCAUGCGAGAGGAUGACGCUGCUUUUGCAGCCAGAGUAAAAGAGGAGGAACAGAAGAUACUAAAUUUAGCUGUGGACCGUCAGUCUCUCCAAGCGACUCCAGACACCACACCUGGUAGAACACCGACCGAGGAAAGCACACCCACCAGUGAGCCCAAUCCUUUUCUCUUCCAGGAAGGGAAACUAUUUGAGAUGACCAGAAGUGGUGCUAUUGACAUGACUAAAAGGAGCUAUGAGGAAGAAGGAGCAGGCUUUGCCUUCUUCCAGAUAGGCGAACAGCCUGUAGAGGAACCUGUGGUAGAAGAGGCUAGACAGGAAAUCAGGAGAUCUGUUGUUGAACCUGAGGUUGGUCUGAACCUAACUCUAGGGAUUAAGGGUGAAGAGGAUGAGAAACCAAAACAAACUACUGAUUCUCAGCCUCAAUCCCUGUCUGAAGGGGAUCAACUAGACUCUAAAGCUGAUACCUCCAAAUCUAAAAUCCCCAAAAUGGGCAUUUCAGCAUCAGGAAAACCUACAAAGAAAGAUCAAACAUCACCUGAACGUGUUGAAACUAAAACAGACAAAAGUUCAAAUGAAGGGUCCACAGAUUUAGACACAAGUCCCCCUGAACAAAUUAUAACAAAUGUCCAGACAGCAGAGACUACCGUUACUAGAUCUGUGUACUCUGAGCAAGGGCCGGAGUCUUCCGAUUCCUCCCCAGAAGAACCACAGUCAGUGGUCGAAGCCCCCAAAACAUCUGCCAAAUCCAAACAAAGUGCUUCGAGUAGCGUUAAAAAGACUCCAGUGAAAACACAAACUAAGUCCACGUCACAAGUUCGGGGCAAAUCUGCCAUUCCUUCUCCAUCUCAUGCAAGUCCCUCCUCAAAUAUUCCAAAAAGAGAGCCUUCCUUCACAUCUGACUCAAAAUCUAGAAUCCCGGUCAAGGCUAGUCCAGUCAAGUCUGAAUCUACUGUCAGACGCCCUGAAACCACACAGGACAAAAAGCUUAAGGUCCCCGUCAAAAAGGACUCGCGGAGAAAGUCUGAGACAGACGCAGGUCCCUCUGUGGAUGUCAAAACCAAGACAACAUCAUCCAAAGCAAAGAGCUUCUGUGAGGGGGAGUCUGCCAAGCCCUCUUCUAGAAAAGAACAGGGCCGCCCUUUGAGUGCUGAGUCAGCAAAGUCUAAGGGCUUCCAGUCCAGGUUGCCAGUCCGGGGCAAAAGUGGUCAGUCCUCCCAUUCAACAACACCCACUAAAGAGAAAAGUGAGUCACGCAAACAGUCCAUUGAGUUUUUUGAAGAGAUAAGUGAUGAAGCGGCGAAGCUGGUGGCGAGGUUGGCGCAGGCGGAGCUAGAGAAAGAGCAAGAGGCCGUAGCCGCCAUGUCAGAUGACGAGAGCAGCCUCAUUGAUCCCUCAAUCAUAGAGAGAGAAACGUUCCCAGAGAUGCAGUUUCCUCCCUCAGCAGACGUCUUUCCCAUUAGACCACUGUGGGACGACCCUGUUGAGACACAGAUGCAGCGAAUCCCAGACGAAAAAGUCCAAAGUCAAGUAGAUCCACAGGAUGAAGCAGAGAGAAAAGAACAGCGGUUGGCCAUUAUAGCCGACCACUUGGGCUUCAGCUGGACCGAGUUAGCUCGAGAGCUGGACUUCAGUGAGGAGAAGAUUAACCUCAUACGUGUUGAAAACCCAAACUCAUUGCAAGACCAAAGUCAUGCUCUUUUAAAGUGUUGGGCUGAGAAGGAGGGGCCGCAUGCAGCAGAAGCUGGGCUCAUCAAAACUCUGACCAGGAUCAACCGCAUGGACAUAGUUCACCUCAUCGAAACCAAAAUAAUCAAAUCUGCCCAAGACGACACAUCCUCACACACCUAUGCAGAAAUCGAACGAACCAUCGCCGGAGAUCACAGUGAAGGCUUCUCUGCUCUGCAUGAAGACAUCGACAGCCCCAGGCCCGGGAGGCGCACGGACGCCGCCCGCCGGAGUCCGGGCUCGGGACAGGAAGUCCCCGUGGUGACAGCGGAGGAGCUGUCGUCCAGUCUGUCGUCGCUUCACGAGACGGGAGGACGGGAGCCGGACACCACGGCGACGGGCCUCCUCAGAAACGCACAGAAAGAGAAACUGCAGAAGGAGAUGGAGACAGCCUACUCCUCACAAAGAAUAUAUGAAGAAGUGAAGGACUCUGUACACACAGGAAGUUAUAAACAAGCCGACACUCUGCCCGACAUUCCCGCCCAGACGGUCACAGAGGAGAAGUACACCGACGAGCACGGCAACAUGGUGGUGAAGAAGAUCACCCGGAAGGUGAUCCGUAAGUACGUGUCCCCGGACGGAAUGGAGUCUCAGGAAGUGACCAUCGAGGGCUCCCACCAGGAGACGGUGCACAUCGAGGAGGGCGAUGCCGUGUCCCGGGUGGUGAAGAGGACGGUGCUGCACAGCGGGGGGGACCAGAGGGAGCUGACCUUCUCGGAGCCGCCGGCGGUCGGCGCCGCCACGGCGUCCCGGUUCGAGGCGGAGCCCGUCCAGGGCCGCAAGGUCAGCAAGGUGGUGAAGACCACGGUGGUGCGAGGCGAGAGGACGGAGAAGCAGACGGGGGACUCCUCGCUGGCGGCAGACCUGCCGUCCGCCAGGGAGGACUUCCAGAAGAAGCCAGAUGCGUAAGUCCCGGACCCAGAAGAGGACGGUGGUGAGGGACGGCCGCGGGAAGCAGGUCCACCUGGAGCGCCUGGACGACGCCGCCGAGGCCCUGCAGCCCGACGCCCUGC